AGAUCGAUCACGUGGCAGGUGACGCUAGGCAGUUAUCUGAAUCAUAACUUCCUUGUUAUUGCCAAAACGUUUGAACCUAGCAGUCGAGGAAUGUGUCAACACAGGCUUGUCGUUCUCGGUGAAGGGAGAAGGCAGGGCAACCUAGCCUGAAGCUCUCCCUGGCCUCUCUCCCUUGACGCCUCCAUCCAUUCUCUAGCUCUUGUUUGGUAUUUCUCCCCUGUCUUUUGGAGUCAUGAUGCUGUGUUGGGGUAGUGCGUCUUCUGGACAGCUUGGAGUUGGAGAGUCAGAGAGUCCUGUUCUAGAGCCACAGACCUGCCGGGUGUUUAGCGGAAGGGUGCUGAAGGACGUGGCCUGUGGGGGACAGCACUCCCUCUUCCUGUUGCAUGAUGGGAGUGUGUACACAUGUGGCUCCAACUGCCAUGGACAGCUGGGCCAUGAGAAGACCAGAAUUAUGCCAGAGCUGGUGGGGGCUUUGGACGCUCAGAAGAUCGCUGGUGUGGCGUGCGGCUCUGCCCAUUCGCUGGCGGUGAACGAGCAGGGCCAGGUAUUCACCUGGGGGGCUGGCAGUGAAGGCCAACUCGGGCUGGGAACAGCAGAAGAGGCCGUCAGAGUGCCCAGGUUGAUUAAGAAGCUGUGUGAGCAUCGGAUCACGCAGGUGAUGUGUGGCAACCAGCACUGCAUUGCACUUUCCAAAGACGGGCAGUUAUUCACGUGGGGCCAGAACUCCAAUGGUCAGCUGGGUCUGGGGAAGGGGGAGCCCAGCACCAUGUCCCCCCAACCCCUCAAGUCUCUGGCGGGGAUCCCCCUGUCUCAGAUCAGUGCUGGAGGGGACCACAGCUUUGCCCUGUCCCUCUCAGGGGCCGUGUUUGGCUGGGGCAAAAACAGCGCUGGGCAGCUGGGCCUGAAUGAUGAACAAGAUCGUGCAGUCCCUUGCCACAUAAAAUUCCUAAGGUCACAGAAAGUAGUGUACAUCAGCUGUGGAGAAGAGCAUACUGCUGCAUUAACCAAGGACGGAGGUUUGUUUACAUUUGGAAACGGCUCCAGGGGCCAGUUGGGCCACGACUCGACCAACAAUGAGCCCCUCCCUCGCAGAGUCCUGGAGCUCAUGGGCACAGAGGUGUCCCAGAUCGCCUGUGGCAGGCACCACACCCUGGCAUUCGUGCCCUCAUCCAGCUUGGUGUACGCCUUUGGCUGCAACACUGAUGGCCAACUGGGCACUGGCGCCACGACUGACGCCAAGACCCCGGUUCCUCUCUGCAGCGUGCCCCCCUCCUGUAUAGCAAGGCUUCAGUCCUCAGGAGAUAGCCAGGCGUCCAGGACAGGCAGAUUGAGGGACCGCUUGAGUGAAGCUCUCAGCUGCUGCUGGAGAAGCUCAGUACAGGAUCCAGAGCAUUUCAUCAUUAGGAAAAUCCACUGCGGGGGAGACCAUAAUUUCCUGUUGUAUGGCACCGAUGAAGACUUGGCGCUCCCAGAGGACUUCCGUGUGAUAAACACCACCAGGAGCAUCUCACUAAUUAAUUACGAGAGCCUGAACAUGCUCAGACUGAAGCUGUCCGACAGCACAGACUCCAACAUUACCAACGAUGCCAUUCUAUUGCUCUCGUCCACUGCAUGUUGGAAUGCCAGCUUUCUGGACCAAAGUGAUGAUGGACACUUCAAAACCAACCCCAAAAUCCCAGGCAUUGACCUCAACUCUGUGCGACUCCUGUUUGACAUGCUCAUGAAGCCAGACUUCUCUAGACUGUUGGAGCAGGCCACCAAGAGCUUUGAGAGCCUGCUGAUCCCCCAGCUGCCCUGCUCUCCGCCGGACGUUGAGGCCAUGCGCAUCUACCUGAUCCUGUCCGAGUGCCCCGCUCUACAGGACUCCAAAAACUACAUCUCCCUCACCAUCCCCCUUGCCAUGGCCAUCCUCAGGCUGGACGCCAACCCCAGCAAAGUGCUCGAUAACUGGUGGUCGCUGGUGGACUGCGAGGUCUUCUCCAGGCUGGUGGAGCUGUACAAAAGCAUAGUGGUGUUCCUACUGACAGGAGGGAAAGCCCUACUCAUCCCUGCCUUUCUGGAGAGCUACAUUAGCGCUACGCUAAGACUCCUGGAAAAACUCCACAAGGUGAACCUGAAGGCUCAGCAUGUGGAGUAUAAUUGCUUCUACAUCCCUGACAUCACCAGCCUAGUGGACAUCCAGGAAGACUACCUCAAGUGGUUUCUGAGCAAAGCUGAGAUUAAAAUUAGAACUCCUGCAGUACAGAACUCUGUAACCCUAUGUGCCUAUCCGUUCAUAUUGAACGCUCAAGCAAAGACAACCAUGCUGCAAACAGAUGCCGAGCUGCAGAUGCAGAUGGCAGUGAGCGGUGCCAACCUGCACAACGUCUUCAUGCUGCUGACGCUGGAGCCCUUGUUGGCACGCAACCCCUUUCUGGUGCUGCACGUGCGGCGUGACCACCUGGUCAGUGACGCACUGCGAGAGCUCACCAUCUACUCCGACGUGGACCUCAAGAAGCCCCUAAAGGUGAUCUUUGAUGGGGAGGAGGCGGUGGAUGCUGGGGGGGUCACCAAGGAGUUCUUCCUGCUGCUGCUGAAGGAGCUCAUGGACCCGGUGUACGGCAUGUUCACACACUACUCCGACUCCAACCUGCUCUGGUUCUCUGACAAGUGUUUUGUGGAGCACAACUGGUUCCAUCUGAUUGGGAUCAUCUGUGGCCUGGCCAUCUACAACUCCACAGUGGUUGACCUGCACUUCCCACUGGUGCUCUACAAGAAGCUUCUAGAUGUUUCUCCCACCCUAGAGGACCUAAAGGAACUGUCUCCUACUGAGGGCAGGAGUCUCCAGCAUCUUCUGGACUAUCAGGAAGACGACAUUGAGGAGACCUUCUGUCUGAACUUUGCGAUCACCAGAGAGUAUUAUGGACUGACAGAGGUCAAAGAGUUGGUUCCAGGAGGAGAGGGCAUCACAGUGGACAAGUCUAACAGGAUGGAGUUUGUGUCGGCGUACCUGCGCUACGUGUUUGUGGACUCGGUGCAGGAGCUCUACGCCGCCUUCUCCAGUGGCUUCCUGAAGGUGUGUGGGGGGAAGAUCCUCUCACUGUUCCAGCCCUGUGAGCUCAUGGCCAUGGUGGUGGGCAACUGCAACUACAACUGGGAGGAGAUGGAGAAGAAUGCUGUUUAUAAGGGCGAGUACUCCGCGUCCCACCCUACUAUGCGGAUGUUCUGGGAGGUAUUCCACGAGUUUCCCCUGGAGAAGAAAAAGCAGUUCUUAUUAUUCCUGACAGGCAGUGAUCGCAUCCCCAUCCACGGCAUGGGCAGCCUGCACAUCGUCAUCCAGUCCACCUCGGCCGAGGAGCACUACCUGCCCGUGGCGCACACCUGCUACAACCUGCUGGACAUGCCGUGUUACCGCACCAAAGAGACUCUGUGCCGCCGCCUUACGCAGGCCGUGGAGCAGUACGAGGGCUUCAGCCUGGUGUGACUGCCUGGGCUCCCUCCUCUCUCCAGACGCCCUGGAGGAGAGGCCCGAGGCUGGGGUCGCGGUAGCGCUGAGGAGGCCUGUCCCAAGUGGGAUGCAGGCGGAGAAGGGCCCAAGCAUCUCUGCUAUGUCACUAAUGCUGCACUUUAACCAACAGCGCCAAGGGAGGGGGCUGUGGUGGGUGGGACUGAGGUGUGGGAACCUGUGGACCAUAUAGACAGAGUUAGAGGUGGCAACCUUGGCUAAGCACCUAUAGAGAAUACUGAGGAAAAGAAAUUAUUUUUGGUAUUUUUUACGAGCUUUAAUUUACAUAUGAUUGAGAUGCACAUACUUAUUAUUAUUAUUAUUAUUAUUAUUAAAACAGCACUUUUUUUGUGUUUUAUAGAUCCAAAAAAAUCAUUUUAUUUUUUCCUCCAUGUGGGUAUUUGUCAUCUCAGAUAAAGAAAUAGGAUAUGUUUAACAACCCCUUCCAAUCCUGACUCUUAUACAUUGUAAAUAAAAUGGAAGGUUUGGAUAUUAAACCUUGGGGUUUGUUUUUCCACAAAUGGUCUUACCAGCUAAUUUAUUGAGCUUUUUGAUGUCAUGUUUGUUUUCCUUCUGUUUUCUGUGGAUAGAGGUAGUGUGCGUCAGUUGAGGGGGUGGUUAGGCCUGGGAGGGUCGAGGCACUGAUGAUGCUGAAAUUGCUGAUGAAUGGUUUCAGCUGGGUUUCACAGAGCUAUCCCAGAAUGCCCUCCCAAUGUAACCCCUGACCUCAGGUCAGUGUUCCUUGGACAUCGUGUCUGCCAUUAGUGCAGCCAGCUGCUCCAGGCUAAAGCAGCACAGAUUGCAUAUGACUACAAUGUAGAGCAGUCCAUUAGCCAAUAGCACCAGGCUGGCGUUCUGAGGGGCCGAGACCCAGAGCCCAGGCUGCUGUUUUUAAUCGUGUUUGUUCUUCCUGUGUUUGGCAGAGCAGUUGUGCCGGCUGUUGGGGGGGGAUUAAUGAGUUCACCGCAUCCCCAGUUUGCAUUUCGCAGCCUUUUUGCCUUCAAUACAAUAAGCCACUGGAAAACCUACUUUAUGGUGAUUUGUGGGGAGAAGCCUAGUGUCUUUAAUUUUGUACUUUGUAAUAAGUGUGCAUGCAAGCGUGUUGUUGGGAGUGAAAGCUCAGCCUGCUCGUAUGAUGUUGUAUAUUAAACAAAUCCAAAUUAUUAACGGAAUCCAAAAACGUAUACAUAAAUAAAUAAAGAUAUAUAUAUAUAUAUUUUAAUGCACCACAACAGUCCUGACUCCUGAGCACAGGUAGUGACCACUUUAAACCAACACAGCUGGAUGUGGAAGAGCAUGAGUUGAUGUUUGAUUAAGUUUGUCUGACACAUGAAACUCCUCUCACAUCCUUCAGGACUCUCUUUGCGGUGGCGCUGACCCCGAGAGAGGAGCCUCCAAAAGGAAUGUAUGCCGUAGCCACACAGGCAGGAACCGCAACCCCUUGAGUCCGAAAACAAGUUGUUUGGAAAAUAAAUUAAACCUUAAAAAGCUAUAGCAAUAACACUCGGUCAUGCAGUGAUCACUACAGCUGGAGUCUUGGAGGCUGCCACCAUAAGUUAUAAGCACCUCUCGAAUUCUCGCUGAAGUAUGAUAUGCGGUGCAUCUGUGACUAUUACCCUGUAAAGUCAAGUUGUUUUUUUCCUUAGGGACAUGUGAUCGUUCAUAACUGUUUCCACUCUGUCCCAUUUACCAAAUAACUUCACGAUGACAUUCUGAUUUCUAAAAUAAUUCUGUGUGGUUUGAAAGCUUGAAGGAUUCUAUUUUCUGUGAGGACAGUUGAUUGCAGCAAUGGUCUCUUCUGUUCCUGUUGUCAUACCCCUGUUCUGUUCCACUAUAAACAUUUUUGUACAGAUCUGUAAACAGCGCUAUUGAGCUGGUGUGAAAAUUACUGGUGUAAGUCUAGGAGAUUCGGGUUGAACCCCCAAUACUGUACACAUUCAGCUCUGUCUGAGGGAUUUAGUAAUCCAUUAUUAAAAAGAGACGGUUUCUGAAAAUAAAACAAUAAUAAUCUCCCUCCAAUGUAUGAAAACAAGGGCUUCUGUGUGGCUAUUUUUGGAUUAUUUUAGUAUAUUUACUUUUUUACCUUUCAAAUUAAAGACAUUAUUUAUCUAUUUUUUUCCAAAGCAAAUAAAAUAUUAAUUUCACCUCAA